CAAAAUCUAACUCGUGAUUGUAAAAGACAAACUUUUGAAAGAGAAUAUUUUUGGAAGAAACAGAUCAAUAUCUAUAUGCCAAAAAUGAGCAUAUCACAGUGGUCUGAUCUUCCCAAUGAACUACUGGAAAUAAUCAUCGAUCAUCUCCACACCAAGAUAGACCUUACCCGAUUCAGCUCAGUCUGCGAGUCAUGGCGAUCCUCAGCUCUUCCUUACCGAAACAGAGUCGUUUUACCAGCCAAAGUUUCUUACUUGGGUCCAUCCCAUCUCCAAGAAAGUUCUCUGCUACUCACCGAGUCCACAGUCUACCAUCUCUCUCCACUGGAGAGCUGUGCCAUGGCUUCCACCUCGAACUCCAGUCCAUCGGGUUGGAUAGUCAAGAUCAAAGAAAAUCAAGAACUGGGUCAGCAACUUCAUCUCAUAAACCCUCUCUCCCCACUCCGAGUUCACCCCCUGCCUGACUCGUUCCCCAAGGUACUAAACUCGUUACAGUUCCGAGUCUUUGAGCUGACCAAGUCUUACACUCUACAAUACUCUAACCUCAACCACUGUAACUACAAAGUGGCUUUGAACCCAAACCAAGAUUGCCCGUCUCUCAUGGUUGUCGCAGCUGGGGUUUUAUGGCACUUGAAACUAGGCCAAGAUAGGUGGACUGCCAUAGAUGACAUGGAGUCUCAACUCUCCUACGAAGAUGUCAUUGUCUACCGAGGAAAGUUCUGUGCUGUUGAUGAGUUUGGGAGAGCUGUGGUUGUUGAUUCUGAUCUGAAGAUCACAGAGAUUGCUUCUGUGAUUUCAGGUGGGGCUGGUGACAAGAAGAAUUUGCUGGUGUUUAAUGGGGAGCUGCUUUUGGUGGAUAGAUAUCUAAGCAAGAAACAUAAUUAUAUGUAUUAUAAUAUAGGAAGAAGAACUAGUAGUGUUAAGGUGGAAAAAUUCAGACUUUACAAGCUGAAUCUGGACCAAGAAAGAUGGGUUGAGAUAAAAAGCUUAGGUGACCAAAUAUUGUUCUUGGGUGAAGAUUGCUCAUACAUUACAUCUGCCAAGAAUUUUAGUAGGUGUCGAGGAAACUGCAUAAUCUAUUGUGAUCCUGAGUUCAAAGUGUACAACUUGGAUAACCGGAGUUUUGCACCAGUGAAUCAACAGCCGGAAUACAUAAACAUCUUCAACCCAUUUACGCCUCCUCCACCGCCACACUAUGGACCACGCCACAGCAACGGUUCUUCAGGCAAACGCUUGUGUAUAUAGCAAUGAAGCAAUAUUAUGGGUUGGGUUAGGCGUAGUAAAGCCAGCCCAUAGUAAUAUGGUUAGUUUUGUUCUUUUGUUGCUUCAUUGGUUCAUCUUUCUAUCCUUCUUUUUUUCUCCUAAUGUUUGAUUAGAAUCAAUGCACAUACUCUAUAAAUUCUGUCUUAUGCUGUUUUGAAUUUGAUUGCAAGUUCUAAUAUUGUAUCAUACUCUUAAGAUGAUUAUAAGAAGAGUCGUCAAUAUAAUACUAAUUAGUCUAAUUAGUA